AUGAUUCCCUACAAUUUCUCCAGUGGCACCACUCAGGAUCCCAUGUCCGACCCCAAUGCUGCACCUUCGGCUGCCGCAUCAUCAUUUAUGGUGACCAACGAGCCUGCGACGCGUAGAAGAGAAACUCAAGGUCUCACGAGGGAAGCAGCGGCUAUCAUGCCUUCCAUCGACGCGGCCCACGCAACCUUCACUUCCCAACUUCAGGGUCUGACGCCCGCACCAUUGCGUGUGGUGAACCGGCGCGCGCCCCGGACUCGACCUCUCAGAAGAGAAGCGGAGGCCUUCUUCCCCUUAGCCCCCUCCGCGCCACCCGUUCCCCCGCAGAACCACCAAGUUGAAGCUGGAGCUCCGAGUCCGAGUCAAGACUCACAAUCAUCCCCUCUAGUACCCGAACAAUUGCCUUCGGCCGUAGCUGUCAAUGAUCAUGCCACUCCAAAUCGUCCACAACAAACACGAGGGCUCGAGAGAGAAUCCGGGAUGUUGACUCCCUCCCUCCAUUCAGCAUCGUCGGCUUCGCGCCUGCCCCAAAUGCCACCUCCGCAACAGCAGAACGCGGCUGGCAGCUCCCAUGCACACCCUUUCACCACGGCGACUACGUCAUCUUCUGUUGUUCCCAACGAACUACCCUCGGCGCCGAGUGGUCGAGGCCUCGCAAGAGAGGCGGGGUUGUACCUCCCGGACACUUCGACGCCUCCAGCGCCGCCGACCCCGGCCGCGAUCCUCCAUAUCGCACGGAUAAAGUUCCAGGGCCAGCCCGGAGGCCGCCGCGUCCGGCUCAUCUCAUUGCCCCAGCUGGCUCCUCCGGCCGAGACAAAAAAGCACAUUCCGCGCAUUGUCGCGCGGGGCGGCGCCGAUGUACCGGGCUCGGAGGCGUGCAACGCCGUUCACGCCUACGUCCAUUCGAACUUGAAGUGGCAGAAAAGGCCGCCCUAUAACUCCGGCAUGGCGUAUUUAGCCAAGGGAAGGGUUAAUCGCCGGAAAAAUCCAGUGCCACCCACAUCGCAGUCGACGCCGGCGGCAGGCCCUUCGUCUGGCACGCUGCCUAGCCCGGCGCCCCCGCCGGUAUCCUUUGCCUUCCCAUCAGCUUCGAGCGCGAAUGAAAUUGCGGAACGGGAAGCAAUCCUGCGUUCGAACUUGGUGUCGCAGCGCAGUGGGAAUGCUGACCGUACCAGUGGAGCGCCCCUGGCUUCGAGCGGCAUUUCCAACAUCCCAUCUCAUCGACCUCUCUCGUCAUCGGCCUCUCGACUCAGUCUCAUGCAGGCAAUCAAACAGCCUUACGGACAGACCGAGGCUUCGCGGCCGAGCACUUCCAGCGGUGCCCGAAGCGACGAGAAUGGCCACCGUCUUCCCUUCGCGCGGACACCCACGACUGGCACAACUGCAACAGAAGUCGACGCAAAUGCAGAGGAGCUUAAAGAAGACCUACCGAUGAGCGACGCUCCACCAUCGGCGGACGCGAAUUUGAAACGGAAGCGGGAAGGAGAGGAGAUUGAGGAGGGCGACUCCCCGCGCCGGGCGGGACGGAAGAUCCCUCGUUUCGGUCGAUGA